UUAUUCUUAGUUAUAACUGUAUUUAUUUUUAAUAUAUUAAUUUUAAGGCACCAAAAAAGAAAUCAAAAGGAAGCAAAGGCGCACGUACGAGUUCUGGGAUCGUAGAUGGCGUUUCUAUGGCUGAGAUGUCUAGAGAACAGCUUGAAGGGUUUGCAGCUAGAAUGAAGAAAGAGCUGGAACGCGAAAGAGAAGAACGAAACUUCUUUCAACUUGAAAGAGAUAAAGUAUUAACGUUUUGGGAAAUUACGAGACACGAGUUAGAAGAAAACCGAGCGUCAUUGAGGAACAAAGACAGAGAAAUAGAAGAUAUAGAGGAAAAGCAUCAGGAAGAAAUCAAAAUUUAUAAACAAAAGUUGAAACUUUUGAUGUACGAACAGCAUGUGCAUCUAUCAGAAAUACAAGCUGAAAAUAUGGUUUCGUUGAAAAUUGCCAAUGACGAACAUUUAAACGAAGAAGAAGAAUUAAUUAAAGAAAACGACGCGCUCAAACAAGAAAUUGUCGAGAUAAAUUUACGGCAUAUAGAGGAAAUAAAUAAUAUUCGAUUGGAACAUGCUAGAGUUAUGCGUGAGCUGAAAGACAGAUUUAUAUCUGACUGUCAAGUGAUCGAAGGCAAGUAUCAGAAACGUAUGGAAGAUUUGAGGAAUCGUAUGAAUUUGAAGAACAAAGUGGAAGUGGCUGAGACUGAGGCUAGAAAAAACAAGCGCAUAGCGGAAAUCAUAGAAGAUCAUAAUAACGCAUUCAACAACUUGAAAGAACAUUACAAUGAUAUAACUGUUAACAAUUUGACAUUAAUCGGCAGUUUGAAGGAAAAGUUAUUAGAAUUAAAAGAAGACCAGCAGAGAGCGGAAAUGGACCUAAAAGAAGUAACGAAAGAAAACGAAUCGUUAAAAGGACCGUUGAAAGAAUCACAAAUUACUGUUGAAGAAUUGACGCAAAAAAUGUCCAAUUACUUAAAAGACAAACAACGGUUAAUGGUACUUACUAAACGACUGAAACAUUCAAAUGAUAAAUACAAGGACCUCCAGAUGGAUUACGACGAGCUGAAAAUGAUUUCGGAGAAAAUGCAAACCGAUUUAGAUAACAUGAAGGACGAGUAUUCGGACAAAUUAAUGAAUCUGCAGAUGGAGCACGGGAAAAAAUUGUUGGCGGUCGAACGUAAAUUGAAACGAUCGAGAGAAACUGUCGAGGAAAAAGAGGUACAGAUAGCACGUUUAACUGGAGCCACGUCGGCGGACACUUCGAUCGCAAUGGCGAUGAAUGCAAAAACCGAGGCUCUACUGGAUAAGAAAAAUAAAUUGAUCGAACAGAUAUGGAACGAUCUAAUGGCUAUAACGCAGAAGUACAACGAACUGUGUAAACAUUUCAAAAACACACUUCAGCAUCACGGGAUACAGGGCUAUGAUGACGGCGUUUUUGAAUUGGUACCUGCCGAUGACAAACACGAAUAUUUUGAAAACCUUUGACGACUACCGGCUACUGAAAAAUAAUAUACAUAUUUAAUUGUAAUUUAUUGAUGUAUCAAGACGAAUAACGAUGCAUGCGUGGUCGUUUGAUUUUUCCAAAUUUUUGCACGUAAUAUCAAAUUAUGUAUUGAGUAGGUUGGUACUCUACUCUCCAGAAAUUUAUACAUCAACCAUUGACCUUACCUUCUCCGUCGGGUGAACCCGUAUCCAGAAUGAAGAGGAAUAAAUGAUAGGUACCGAUCAUUCUAAAUCGUAAUGACAUUCGGUAAUUUCUCGACAAAAGUAUUUUCCUAUUUGUAAGAUUGUAUGAUAUCCAAAUUGCAUUUAACUUAGAAUAAAAAUAAAAUUAUAAAAUAAUAUAUAACUCAUAUCUACUUUAAAAAAACAACUAUACUCACAAUU